UCGACUAGUUGUCUGCAGGCAAAGAUGGCGGUGCGGAAGAAAGACGGCGGCCCGAAUGUAAAAUAUUUCGAGGCGUCUGAUACCGUUUCUCAGUUUGAUAAUGUCCGCGUCUGGCUGGGAAAGAAUUACAAAAAGUACAUCCAGGCCGAGCCCCCCACCAACAAGUCUCUGUCCAGCCUGGUGGUCCAGCUGCUUCAGUUCCAGGAGGAGGUGUUUGGUCGGCAUGUCAGCAACCCUCCGCUCACCAAGCUGCCAAUGAAAUGUUUUCUGGACUUCAAGUCAGGAGGGGCUCUCUGCCACAUCCUGGCUGCUGCCUACAAGUUUAAGAGUGACCAAGGAUGGCGCAGGUUUGACUUCCAGAAUCCGUCGAGGAUGGACCGAAAUGUGGAGAUGUUCAUGACAAUUGAGAAGUCCUUAGUGCAGAACAACUGCCUAACAAGACCUGUCAUCUUCCUGAGCCCUGACAUAGAGCCAAAACUGCUCGGGAAACUGAAAGACAUCAUCAAAAGGCAUCAGGGCUCAGUAACUGAGGACAAGGCCUCCAGCUCCCAUGUUGUUGUUCCUAUUCCCACCAGCCUGGAGGAAGAGGAGUGGGUACGUCCGGUGAUGAAGAGAGAUAAGCAAGUGCUGCUCCACUGGGGAUAUUUUCCUGACAGUUAUGAUACCUGGAUCCCAGCCAGUGAGAUUGAGGCUGCUGUGGAAGAUCCUCCCAGCCCAGAAAAACCCAGGAAGGUUCAUGCCAAGUGGAUUUUAGACCUGGACCAGUAUAACGAAUGGAUGAAUGAGGAGGACUAUGAAGUGGGCGAGGGCUGCCCCAAGAGGAAGAGGAUCUCAGCCAAGACCCUUACAGAUGAGGUGACCACGCCUGACGAGCGGCGGGACAAGAAGCCUGGCAGCGCCAAGAAGAGGAAGCGCUCGCCGUCGCCCUCCCCCACGCCUCCACCUCAGGAGAGCAAGAAGAAGAACACCAAAAAAGGGCCGACUACCCCGUACACCAAGUCUAAACGGGGCCAGAGGGAGGAGGAACAGGAGGAUCUUAGUAAGGACUUGGAUGAAGCGUCACCUGUUCCAGCAUCUGAAGAGGGAAACCCAGCUAAGACAAAUAACACCAAGAAGGACUCUGAUUCAACCCCAGUAAAGGGAGGAACAGAUAUGGACGAGCAAGAGGAUGAGUCCAUGGAAACAACAGGCAAGGAGGAGGAGGAAGGCUCUCCGAGUGUGAAGGGUGAACCAGUGAAAGGCUCGGACCUUCACGAGGACAAUGUGACUGAGCAAACCCACCACAUUAUUAUACCGAGCUACGCUGCCUGGUUUGACUACAACAGUGUUCAUGCCAUUGAGCGCAGAGCCCUGCCAGAGUUCUUCAAUGGGAAGAACAAAUCCAAAACCCCUGAGAUUUACUUGGCGUACAGGAACUUCAUGAUUGACACCUACCGACUCAACCCUCAGGAGUACCUGACCUCCACUGCCUGCCGCAGGAACCUGGCAGGAGACGUGUGUGCAAUCAUGAGAGUCCACGCCUUCCUGGAGCAGUGGGGUCUGAUCAACUAUCAGGUGGACUCAGAGAGUCGGCCCACACCCAUGGGUCCCCCACCCACCUCCCACUUCCAUGUCCUGGCAGACACUCCAUCCAGUCUGGUGCCCCUGCAGCCCAAGACGUCCCAGACCCCUGCUACCCAGCAGAUGAUAUCCUUCCCAGAUAAAGUGAAGGAGAAACCAGCAGAUCUGCAAAACUUCGGGCUGCGGACCGACAUGUACAGCAAGAAGAGUGGCUCUGUAAAGAGCAAGAGUACAGCAAGCUCUAUGAGGGAGUGGACAGAACAAGAAACACUACUACUACUUGAGGGCUUGGAGAUGUACAAGGACGACUGGAACAAGGUUUCAGAACACGUGGGCAGCCGUACGCAGGAUGAGUGCAUCCUGCAUUUCCUGCGGCUGCCCAUCGAAGACCCUUACUUGGAGGACAACUCCUCGUCCAUGGGACCACUGGCCUACCAGCCGAUACCUUUCAGCCAAGCAGGAAACCCCGUCAUGAGCACAGUGGCUUUCCUCGCCUCUGUCGUCGACCCGCGUGUGGCCUCAGCUGCAGCCAAGUCUGCUCUGGAGGAGUUUUCUCGUAUGAAGGAGGAGGUUCCUGCAGCGCUUGUUGAGGCUCAUGUGCGGCGGGUGGAGGAGGCAGCGAGGGUCAGUGGCCGACAGGACCCGCUGUAUGGCCUGGAAGGUAGUGGCAUCGCAGGCACCGGCCUGGAGGAGGGAGACAGACCUGAUGAAAGCAGUGAUGAAAGUAAGAGUGACAGCCAAUCAGGUGAAGAGAAGAGGGAGGCCAAGGAGAGCAAAGAUGGAGCGGUGGAGGAAGAGGAGAAGCAGGCGGAGAAUGGGAAGAAGGAAGAAGAAAGAGGAAGAGAACAAGAAGGAGAGAGGGAGGCGGACAAAACAGAGUCAGAGAUGGGCGAUGGGGAGAAAGAGAAGGAUGGGAAAGAGGGCACAGAGGAGGGACAAAGAGAGGCAGAGAGUGAAGGAGAAAAGAAAGCUAAGGUGGAGCGUGAUGUGGGAGAGGGGAAUCUGGCCACUGCUGCUGCGUCUGCACUCGCUGCUGCUGCUGUCAAAGCCAAGCACUUGGCUGCAGUGGAAGAGAGGAAGAUCAAAUCUCUUGUGGCUCUGCUGGUGGAGACCCAAAUGAAGAAGCUGGAGAUUAAACUGCGACACUUUGAGGAACUGGAAACCAUCAUGGACAGAGAGAGGGAGGCUUUGGAGUACCAGCGUCAGCAGCUGCUGGCUGACCGUCAGUCCUUCCACAUGGAGCAGUUGAAAUACGCUGAGAUGAGGGCCCGCCAGCAGCACUUCCAGCAGAUUCAGCACCAGCAGCACAGCCAGGCUGGGGGCCCUCAUUCCAACCAGGCCGCCUCAGGCCCGCCACCCCAGGGCCCGACCGCAACUCAGCAAACUCCCAGCACACCAGCGCCGCAGCCGGCCCCCAGCCCCGUGCCUCCAGCCUCUUCUGCCCCGGCUCCUGAGUCCCAACCACCUCAGGGUGCUCACGCCUCACCCCCCUGCCCCCCAGGCCAAGCCCCAGCUGCCCACUCCAGCUCCAGCUCCAGCACUACUCCUGUACUCCAUGGAUUGUGUCAGAAAGUGUCAGAAAAUAGUGAAAAAUCCCAAGAUCCCACCGCCCCUCUUCCCGGGGAAACACUCCACCCCUCAGCUCCAGUCCCGCCUCCACAGUGAGAGAAAAAUAAAUUGCCAGAGAAUCCGAAUGACUCUGACCACUUUGAAUCCUGCCUGUAUCAUCUGAAAUGAAGAAGUCAUAAACCGAAGGAAGAGAACAUAUUUUACAUUUCCAGAUUUUUGUUUUGUUUUUCUUUUCAACAACAGGACAAUUGAUGUGGCCAAGAAAAAAAUUAUAACGUCUAAAUCAAACCACCUCUACUUUGACUAUCUGUUGAAAAAGAAGUCCCUUUCAAAUUGAAUCUGCAUAUGAAGAAAAUGUACUUUCAAACAGAAGCCGUUCCUCCUGUGUGGUCGAUUGGACAGCGACAUCUCACUUUGUAAUUUUAGGCUUAACACCGGGGAUCUGGUAAACUGAGAGGGUCUUACCAACAUGCUGGCACUCAAAGAAAAGACGAGAAAAGACUCAUCUUGUGUUUUCAGUGUUUAGGAAAUUGUUGCAUUUAUUUUCUGCAACAGUUUACUUGUGAGGUCUCAUCCUUCAUAAUCCCCCCUCGUACUGUAGGUACUAAUUAAAAUAUAUGUAAGAAAAAAUGCACUUUUAACAUGUUUCCCUAGGUCUCAUUGAAAGACUUGAAGCAUCCAUGAAAUUGAACUUUAGCACUUAUAUCAUCCUUUUGUUGUCUUACUAUAAUACUUUUUCAUACUGAAGGUUUUGAAAACUUGAUUGGAAAUGUUACUUUUUCCUUUAUGUAUUACUUGUAUUACAUGGAAAAAUGGUCGCACUACAGGGUCUGGCCUGAAGGUCACAUGUCUAAAACCAACGUCUCCCUCCAGGGAAAAUGUCUGUAAUGAAUGAAAAUGUUCAAAUCAAAAGCCAGUUGGAAAUUACAAUAAGCUGGUUUGGAUGCAGUUUGAUAAAAUGUACUGUAAACUGGAUUUUCUGUUACAAACACACAUUUGUUGUCCUGUAAUGAUAAUAUUUGAAAGUACUGACAGCAUGAGAUUAUCAUCCUGAAAAUACUUCUCUUUAAAUAUAUCUUAAUAAUGUCCCUCCUUUCUACAGCACUUAAGAGUAAAACAUGUCAGUGAGGAGCUUCAUGUUUUGCAAAUCUGUAUGAACUCAGUUCAGAAGGAAUGACUGAAAAAGAAGGUCUGGGAAUAAUAAUUCUGCCAGCGACCACAUAUGUGUUAUAUUCAUAGUUUGACUUUGUGUUAAUUGCUAAACCAAAAUGUUUUUCAUAAUCAUGUUUAUCUAACGUGCAUUUCAAGUUACACGUGGAAGAAAUGUUAAAGCUGUCAAAAACAAGGGAGCUCGCACCUUAAACAGCUGACAAUGGAGAAUUGUGUCCUUAAUAUCUGCAACAAUAUCCUCACUUUUUAUCCUAUCAAUUUUUAUAUUUUUUACUGUCUGUUUUUUUCCAUCUACUUUCUUUGAUACGUCAACAUUGUAACUGUAUAUUAUUACCUUUGUAGCCUAUAUUUACCCUCUCCACUGUUGUGAAUGAUUCGGGCAGGUCUGUCAGAUCUGUGAUGUGACUGUGAGCAUGUGUGUAUGGGAACGCAUGCCAUUAAGAAAAUCAUGUUACCGUUCAGUUUUAUUUUCAGUGCCAUUUGCUGUGUGUCACAAAGUUUGAAGAAUUAAAAAAAAAACAUGCUUUGUUCUGCACACGGCACGUCACGUCAGUGUCAUGAAAUAUAAUCCAGUCAGAUGGUGAAACUUUACAGUUGAUGUCCGUCAAGCCAGUAUUGCAGACCUCACCACAGUUGUGAGCAUAAAUGGACUUCUUUUAUCUGUGUUAUUACUACAUUGUGUGGAUUUUGUGAUAUGGAUUAAGUGUCUGUUCAGUUUCUGUAUGUUUUUCACUAUGCUGAAGGUAGCAGCAAUUGCAUUGAUUAUUAUUAUACAGUAGAAAUCAAUUUUUCCUCAGUAAAUCAUCACAUUAGUGCUUACUCUGGCAGUUUGUAUUAAAAAAAAGGCAAAAGGUUCAGGUUUCAAUUACAAAAUGUUGGGGGAAAAAUAAAGAUGUGAAGAGGA